UGGCAGCGACUGCAGCGACGGAGCCGGCGCUUCCUUGGGCAUUGGGGUCUGUUCCCCCUUCUCCCGUCCCUGACCCGUCCAGGCGCUUACAGGCGCCGUCCCCUAGUACCCGAGCUGCCCCUCUCGGGGUCUCCGCUGCCCUGCGUCCGGCCUAGUAGGUUCCCAGUCUUGCUCCCCGUGGGCGUUUGGGCGUCCCUCCCCGCCCCGCACCUCUGCCUCGGUGCGGCACUGGUGCCGUCUCUGCCCUUCCCUAUUUCAGCCACCACCUCCGUGCUGCCUGUCCCGACCCCAGUCGGGAGACGCCAAGCUGCCCCCUCCGCCCCCUUCCUUUGCAGCCCCGCGGCAUAGCCCAUUUAUUUCUGUUUGGACAUCACAAACAGCCGCAAAAGUUCUAGGGCCUUCCUCCUAGGGUCAGCCUGGGCUUCUGAUCGCUGAAGGAUAGCGCAGGACAGGCCGAGCCUUACGCACUUGUUCUGUGGAAUUCCUGCGCCAUCCCUUGUGGCCGCGUGUGCUUUGCGGGUGGGUUUGCUUGGUUCUGGGGACCCGGGGGGGAGGGGAGCCCAGACCCCAGGUCGCUGGCUCGCGCACACCGGACUGUCAUUUGCCUGUCGUCCCUCACUGCCCCCACCAAGGUGGGCUGCGCAGCCGCUCAGCGGAUGUCUUGCAAAAUGGCUGCAUCAGCCAUAGCUGCUCUGAGAAGCCAUCGCCGCUGAGUCACCGUCUCUGUCACCCCCACCCCCCACCUGUGGGUGGGCAGAGCUGUAUGCAUCGUGCCAGCGGCUCCUCACUGCUGCUGGCUGGCACCAUGCUGUCCUCCUGACCAUCCUGAGAGCCGAGCGCAGUGAGUGGGUGGCUGGACCAGGGGCUUCCUUCAACUGAGGCCCAGGCAGGCAGGCUCCUCUGGACAGGAGCUAUUCUUUCGGUGGAUCAUAUGCUUUUCCCUAAACCCUUGUCUAUCCUCCGGUCAUAGACCCAAUCUCCGGUUGUGUGCAGUUCUUCUUGCACUGGAUUCAGCAGCACCCAGUCUUGCUUCCUCCCUUCUCUGGCCGUGUGGGUGACGUCACUGUCGUAUUUAUUGCUGUUGGGGCUAAGGGUCUUGCGGAGACCGGGAGCUCCAUCUCCCUGGCAUGCUGGGCCCAGCUGGCUCUGGUGUGGCCCUCAGGAACCCCAGGUUCCCUGGGUAAAACUGCAUGCUGUCUGUUGACCUAGUAUCCAUCUGCCUGCUCUUCCUUGAGGCUCUGCCCCCCAGGGCACCCGAAGGGCAGGUCCCCCCACCAUGCGGCUGAGCUCGUUGCUGGCUCUGCUGCGUCCAGCCCUGCCCCUUAUCCUGGGGCUCUCCUUGGGCUGCAGCCUGAGCCUCUUGCGCGUCUCCUGGAUCCAGGGUGAGGGAGAGGAUCCCUGUUUAGAGGCUGUGGGGGAGCCAGCGGGGCCACAGAAUCGAGACUCAAGGACUUGGCUGGACCAAAACGAUGAGGACUUCAAACCCCGCAUUAUCCCCUACUCCAGGGAUCCCAGCAAACCCUACAAGAAGGUGCUCAGGACUCGGUACAUCCAGACCGAGCUGGGCUCUCGAGAGCGGUUGCUGGUGGCUGUCCUCACUUCCCGGGCCACACUGUCCACGCUGGCUGUAGCUGUGAACCGCACAGUGGCUCACCACUUCCCUCGGUUACUCUACUUCACUGGACAGCGAGGGGCCCGGGCUCCACCUGGAAUGCAGGUCGUCUCUCAUGGGGACGAGCGGCCAGCCUGGCUCAUGUCAGAGACCCUGCGCCACCUUCACACACACUUUGGGGCCGACUACGAUUGGUUCUUCAUCAUGCAGGAUGACACGUAUGUGCAGGCACCCCGCCUGGCAGCCCUGGCCGGCCACCUCAGCAUCAAUCAAGACCUGUACUUGGGCCGGGCCGAGGAGUUCAUUGGUGCAGGAGAGCAGGCCCGGUACUGCCAUGGGGGUUUCGGUUACCUGCUGUCCCGGAGCCUGCUGCUGCGCUUGCGGCCACAUCUGGAUGGCUGUCGGGGGGACAUCCUCAGUGCUCGCCCGGACGAGUGGCUCGGCCGCUGUCUCAUCGACUCGCUGGGUGUCGGCUGUGUCUCGCAGCACCAGGGACAGCAGUAUCACUCAUUCGAACUGGCCAAAAACAGGGACCCCGAGAAGGAGGGGAGUCCAGCCUUCCUGAGCGCCUUCGCUGUGCACCCCGUUUCCGACGGGACCCUCAUGUACCGGCUCCACAAACGCUUCAGUGCCUUGGAGUUGGAGCGGGCCUACAGUGAAAUCGAACAACUGCAGGCUCAGAUCCGGAACCUGACAGCACUGACGCCCGAGGGAGAGGCAGGCCUCAGCUGGCCUGUUGGGCUCCCCGCCCCCUUUGUACCUCACUCCCGCUUCGAGGUACUGGGCUGGGACUACUUCACGGAGCAGCACUCCUUCUCCUGUGUAGACGGGGCUCCCAAGUGCCCGCUGCAGGGUGCUAGCGGGGCAGACGUGGGUGAUGCUGUGGACACCGCCCUGGAACAGCUCAACCGGCGCUAUCAGCCCCGCCUGCGCUUCCACAAGCAGCGGCUGCUCAAUGGCUACCGGCGCUUUGAUCCUGCACGCGGCAUGGAGUACACCCUGGACUUGCUGUUGGAAGCUGUGACUCAGCGUGGGCAUCGACGGGCCCUGGCCCGCAGGGUCAGUCUGCUGCGGCCGCUGAGCCGGGUGGAGAUCCUGCCCAUGCCCUAUGUCACAGAGGCCACCCGGGUGCAGCUGGUGCUGCCUCUCCUGGUGGCCGAAGCCGCUGCAGCCCCAGCCUUCCUGGAAGCCUUCGCAGCCAAUGUCCUGGAGCCACGGGAGCACGCACUGCUCACACUGCUGCUGGUCUACGGGCCCCGGGAAGGUGGCCGCGGGGCCCCGGACCCAUUCCUGGGGGUGAAAGCCACUGCGGCGGAGUUGGAGCGAAGGUUUCCUGGGACGAGGCUGGCCUGGCUUGCUGUGCGAGCAGAGGCGCCCUCCCAGGUCCGCCUCAUGGAUGUGGUCUCCAAGAAGCACCCCGUGGACACUCUCUUCUUCCUCACCACCGUGUGGACGAGGCCUGGACCAGAAGUCCUGAACCGCUGCCGCAUGAACGCCAUCUCUGGCUGGCAGGCCUUCUUCCCAGUCCACUUCCAGGAGUUCAACCCUGCCCUGUCCCCACAGAGGUCCCCCCCAGGACCCCCAGGGGCUGGCCCUGAUCCCCCAUCCCCACCUGGUGCGGACCCUUCACGGGGGGCUCCCGUUGGGGGCAGGUUUGACCGGCAAGCAUCUGCGGAGGGCUGCUUCUACAACGCUGACUACCUGGCUGCCCGCGCCCGGCUGGCCGGCGAGCUGGCAGGCCAGGAAGAGGAGGAAGCCCUGGAGGGGCUGGAGGUGAUGGAUGUGUUCCUCCGGUUCUCAGGGCUCCACCUCUUCCGGGCCGUAGAGCCAGGGCUGGUGCAGAAGUUCUCCGUGCGGGACUGCAGCCCUCGGCUCAGCGAGGAGCUCUACCACCGCUGUCGCCUCAGCAACCUGGAAGGGCUGGGGGGCCGUGCCCAGCUGGCCAUGGCUCUGUUUGAGCAGGAACAGGCCAACAGCACAUAGAGCCUUGGACUGGCACGGGAUGAGCCAGCCAGUGCACAGACGGAGGGUUCAUCACUGUAUUUUUUAAAAUAAGAGAAUGUUAUUAAAAGUGUCUUCUACCAA